AUGACUGAAGAAGAUGUGGAGGUUGCACUAGGCGAUGAAGUAACUAAUGAUGAUUUAUCAGAUUAUGACUCUAAUGAGUUCCUUGCACCACAAGUCAGUACGGCAAGAAUGGUGUUUGAUGAUCAAGGCAAAGUGAAGAUAGAGGAUGGCAUGAUUUUUGAUGACGUAGAUCACUUUAGGAAUGAAUUGAAAGAAUUUGCAAUCCAAGAGGGUUUUCAGUUGCUAAGAUUGAAAAAUGAAAGGACUAGGGUCAUUUAUGUUUGUGCGGAGGAUGGUUGUGAGUGGAGGAUUCAUGCUUCCCCUACUGAAGAUAAAGUGACUUUUAUAAUUAAGUCAUUUAAUCCUAGGCAUACCUGCUCUAGGAGGAAAGAUAGAAACCUAGAUGCAACCUCAAAAUGGAUAGCCAAGAAACUUGGUCCACAACUCAAGGCAGAUCCCGAGCUCUCUACUAAAAGUAUAAGAGCUAUAUUGUGGAAGAAGUAUAAGAUUGAACCAAGUUAUAGGCAAAUUUGGAAGGCACGAGUUAUUGCCAAAGAAACCAAUGAGGGUAAUCAUGCCAAGUCGUACGCCAAAAUUCCAAAGUAUGGAGAGAUGAUUAGACAGAUAAACCCAAGUUCUGUGUUUAAGCUACAAUUCAUUUCCAGAGAUAACAUGUCUGCUAAUCUUGUUUUCAAACGAUGCUUUAUUUGUUAUGAAGCCUGUAAAGUGGGGGUUUUCAAUGGUUGUACACCAUUUAUUGGGCUAGAUGGAUGUCAUUUGAAGGAAAAGUAUGGAGGCAUUUUACUAUCAAUAGUUUUUAUAGAUGGAAACAAUGGAUUGUUUCCACUUGCAUUCGCAGUUGUGGAAUCUAAGUAUAAGCAGAAGGGUCUAACUGAGGCAGUACAAGAGGUUUUCUCUGACUCAAAUACCAGACAUUAUUGUAGGCACCUGUAUGCCAACUUUAGAAGCAAGUUUGCAAGAGAUAAGUUGAGGUCAUUAUUUUGGGCUCCAUCAAGGGCUUACAGAGAAAUUAAAUUUAAAGAGGCAUUGUCUGAGAUUAAGAGCAUUAGAAAUGAUGCACAUGAUUGGUUAAGUGCAAAUCCUCCCAAUUCGUGGUCCAGAUGGGCAUUUGAUCAUAGAGCAAAGAGUAACCAUAUCACCAACAAUAUGACAGAGUCCUUCAAUAAUUGUAUAGUACCAUAUAGAGACAAACCAAUUUUAUAUCUCAUCGACCAACUACGGAUUUUAUUGAUGGAAAAAUUACACAAGAGGUUUGAGCAAGCAUGUUCGUAUAAGGGGAGCUUGACACCAAAUAUUAAGAAGAAAUUGGAUGUUAUCUACCAGCAGUCAAGAUCAUGUGUGGCAUUAUCUGCAGGUUACAAUGAGUUUGAGGUGAAUGAUGGGGCUUUGAGGUUUGUGGUCAACUUGAAUACAAGGAAGUGUGGGUGUCAAGUGUGGGAAGCAACUGGGCUACCAUGUAAACAUGUAACUUGUUGUAUGGCGUACAAGAGGGAAAGAGUUAAAGAUCAUUGUGAUAGUUUUUACUCCCUUGGUAAAUAUAUUCAAGCAUAUGAAAACAUGAUACAUCCACUUCCUAAUAUUUCAGAGUUGGAGGAUACUAGUGUUAUGGGUGUGAAUCAAAAUAUAGUGGGCACUCAAACUAAUGUCAAUGUUUCUCAAAGGACUAGAUUACAUAAUGAAGCAAUGGACCAAAUGGAUAGUGUUCAAGCAAGGAGAAGAGCAGGAAUGACAGCAACUCAUGCAAGGCGACAUGAAAAGGAAGCAAUGAAGUUGCAAAUCAAGGAUUAA